AGGGUACCACAAGAGCACCACAAGAGCACCACUCCCCUGUAGUCUAUAUCCUCGGCCAUCCUGAGAUAUAUCCUAUUUACCGUCCGUACGACCGAGCGAUUUCAAAACAACUACAAGUUGUACCAAUAGACAUAUCCACAUCAUUACCAAUCCCUUCUACUUGAUCAACACAUCAACGUACUGUGGUCUUAGACUAUUCUAUUCUAUUCACCACUCUAACAUUCAUAAUUGCGGUACAACUCACCCCACGACAUUAACCGCAAUACACACCGAGAUGCCUUCCUCUCAACGUCCAUUCUUUCUCUCAUCCUUCCUCGCCGCUUUUCGGCAACAGACACCUCCGGCCCUGUCAGCUUCAUCACAACCGAACAAGCAUACAACACAACCGUCAUCGAGUCCAUCGACUUCCGGUGCCCGGUCCAUGUCGUCGUCCUCACACUCGCAUUCUCAGAGCCAAUCAUCGACGCCCCAGCAACAAACAACGCAGCGCACAGGAGGUGUCAUGAACCAACUGCCGAUACAGUCGCCACCGCAUAGACAUCACCACUCCCCACAGCCACAUCGUCCGGGCAUGCCGAUACCAGGGUCCGGUCGUCGGCGGGGUAGUGAUAGCAGUAGUGAAGGCUUCCGUGAAGUGCUAGGCGCUGAUAAGUGGUAUAUCGGAGGUCGGACAGCCGGAGGCGACGAACGCUUCUUUAAGUUGGGCGUCGUAAAGAGAGUUCGGAGUCAGGAUCGACUAAGCCUGGAUAGACUGAGCCUAUGAUGGCCCCUUUCGCGCUAGCCAUGUGGCUGGAAGAAUGAUGAUUAUUAAACGGCAGCCCAUUGGAUACAACGAAUGCGAUAUUGCCCGUUGAAUUGGGAAGU